CGUUCUCCUGCUCUCGGUUUGGGGUGAGAGCACCCUUCCUGACGGUCUCCGGGAACUGCGCGCUGGCUGCAAUGGGGCCGCAAUUUACCCUCCUGUUUUCGGCGCUGGCCGGUUGCUUGCUUCCUGCCGAGGGCUGUGUCAUCUGUGACCCGUCUGUCGUGCUGGCGCUAAAGUCCUUGGAGAAGGAUUACCUGCCUGGCCACCUGGAUGCGAGCCUUCACAAAACCUUAAUGGAUAAAGUAGAGAAGGCCGUGGCAGAUUUCCAGAAUCUGUCGCUUGCUGAGGAUGCCUAUAUGGGGGUCAUCGAUGAGGACACACUGCAAAAGGCUUCCUGGAGUUUGCUGAAGGAUCUGAAACGCAUCACAGACAGUGACGUAAAAGACAAUCUCUUCGUGAAGGAGCUAUUUUGGAUGUUGCACCUGCAAAAGGAAGCCCUUGCCACCUCUGUUGCUCGAUUCCAAAGAGAGGCUUAUUGUCCCAAUCAAUGUGGUGAGUCCGGAUUACAGAAGCUAACCCUCUGCUCUUCGGUUAAGAGCCAUGAUGGAGUCUCCCACGUUCAUCCCCCACCACCAGAGCGCAACGUGGAUGUUCCACAUAUGGAAGACAUGAUCCUGGACUGUGAGUUAAACUGGCACAAGGCUUCCGAGGGCCUCACUGAUUACAGCUUUUACAGGGUUUGGGGGAACAAUACUGAGACCUUGGUGUCCAAGGGGAAAGAGCCCACCCUGACCAAGCCCAUGGUGGGUCCAGAGGAUGCAGGUGACUACCGCUGCGAGCUGGGCACCGUGAAUUCCAGCCCAGCCACCAUCAUCUUUUUUCACGUCACAGUGUUGCCCAAAAGGGUCCAGGAGGAAAACCCGUCUCCAAACAUCGUAACCCUGGGGGAGGCCAGCCCUACCCAGAUCUCCGAGAUGACCUCGGAGUCGUCCAUAACCCUCCAGCCUCCGAAGCCAGACAGCAUGCUGAAAGGCCGCCUUCUGGGGCUGCUGAUCUGGGGCUCCGUAGCACUGAUAAUUGGCCUUACCUUUGCGAUAUUUUGUCGAAGGAAGGUGUUCGAUUUCAUCAAGUCCUCACUGUUCGGCCUUGGUAGUGGAGCCGACGAGCAACCCCAGGUCCCCAAAGAACAGGACACAGAUUCGAUGGACCAAUAAAGAUUUAUCUUGUUGUCUAA